CCCUGUGUGUGUGCGUGUGUCACCCGGAACCAGGCGUGCGGGCACGUGGGGCGAAGGAGCCGGGUGUAAACACGAAGGAGCCGGGUGACCCGGGACCUGAGAGCCAUGAAGUUUUUGCAGCUCUUUGGAAGGCUGAAGUCGGCUGUGGUCGGCAUGGUGCACCUGAAAGCAUUGCCCGGCACGCCGCGUUCUAGGCUGCCGGUGACGCAGAUUCUGGAGGAGGCGUGCCAGGAAGCCAAACUCUACAGGAAAGCUGGGAUUGACGGCCUCAUAGUAGAGAACAUGAAUGACAUCCCGUACAGCCUUCACGUCGGACCGGAGAUUACAGCAGCUAUGGCGGCCGUAUGUGCUGCUGUCCGGCAGACCUGCCCUCGCCUGCCCCUAGGGGUCCAGGUAUUGGCUUGUGCCAAUCAGCAGGCGCUGGCAGUGGCCCUCGCAGCGGGUCUGGACUUUAUCCGAGCCGAGGGCUUUGUCUUCUCCCAUGUGGCUGAUGAAGGCAUGGUGAACGCCUGCGCAGGAGAUCUGCUGCGGUACCGCAAGUCACUCGGCGCUGAGCACAUUCAGAUCUUUGCCGAUGUUAAAAAGAAGCACAGCUCCCACGCAUUGACAGCCGAUGUUACUGUAUCGGAGACGGCGAAAGCGGCAGAAUUCUUCCUCGCAGAUGGCGUUAUAGUGACAGGAGUCGCCACAGGGCAAGAGGCCGAUCCAAGACAGCUCAGAGAGGUUCAGAACUCAGUCCGGAUUCCAGUCCUUAUCGGAUCUGGGGUCACGCUGGAAAAUGUGGACAAAUACAUUGAUGCCAGUGCCUUAAUCGUUGGCUCCUAUUUUAAAAAGGACGGUGAUUGGAGAGGCAACGUGGACUAUGAUAAAGUAAUGUUAUUUAUGGAGAAAAUCAAUGAAUUGAGAACGUGAAGAAGAACGUCCACCGUACACAGCCCCCCCUGGAAAUUGUGUCUGUGUUUAUAUUCUGUGUUUCCAUAAGGACACUUAAUUAGAGUUUGCUAUAUGUUUGGUUUACAAAGUCGCCAACGAUCAACAAUAAAUGUAAAAUGGCACAUGUAAUUAAUGCUA